AUGGCUAACUCCAAGUAUGAAUACGUGAAGGCGUUUGAGAGAGAAAAUUAUCUACUACCGGAGACAUAUAUUGUCAUACGUGUUGAUGGGAAGGGUUUCCACAAGUUCUCUCAGCACUACAACUUUGCAAAACCGAAUGAUUUACGGGCAUUGGGGGUAAUGAAUAGAGCUGCGCAGAAGGUGAUGGAGAGGUACAGUGAUGUUUUAAUGGCAUAUGGUGACUCCGAUGAGUACAGUUUUUUGUUGCGACGGAAAUGUGAGCUAUACGAAAGAAGGGAGAUGAAAUUGUGUACCCUUUUCGCCAGUUUAAUGUCCACGUAUUACAUGUUUUAUUGGAAUUUGGAAUUCAUUGACAAGCCUAUUGAAGAGGAUAUGAUACCGACAUUUGACGCAAGAGCAGUGGUGUAUCCCAACUUUCAAGUAGUGCGAGAUUACUUUAGCUGGAGACAAGUUGAUUGUCAUAUAAAUAAUCUCUACAAUACUGCAUUCUGGGAAUUGGUUAAACUUGGUCUAACGCCACAAGAGUCUGAACAGAAACUAAUGGGUACCGUGGCUUCUGACAAAAAUGAGAUACUUUUCAAGGAAUGUGGCGUAAACUAUAAUAAUGAGUUGGAGAUUUUCAAAAAGGGGACUAUAUUGGUGAGGGAGCUAAUAAACUAUACUCGCAAGGGUGAACUUACUUCCAGACAGAAGCAAAGAGAGGACAAGAGUCGAAGGAAAGCAGAGAUAAAACAAUACCAUGUAGAUAUUAUCAAUGAUGACCCAUGGUGGAUGUCACGCCCUUGGUUGAGUGAAUAG